AUGGAAGACGAUAUUGUUGAUGAUCAAGAGUGGCAAGAAGAGGUUGCUGUUCUACGCUCCGGUAUUGAAAUAUUAACUUCCAUGGUUCAAGACUUGGUGGCUGCUCAAAAUCCGCCACUAACCCAAGCUCAGACUACUGUGAUCUCCGAGAUAGAGACUGCUCAGAUUCCUGCAAUUCCUGUGACGAAUCCUACGACCACUAGACCAUAUGGGAUAGAUAUGAACUUCCAAUUGGCUGGACAACAGAUUCCUGUUCCACAUACAAUAAUUCCUCAAGCUAUUAUGACUGCUACUCCUGCUAUUGUAAACACUGUUCCUCUUCACAACGAACAGAUCUUCCAUGGUGCUCCUUCUGAAGGUAUGGGGAGGUUGGAAGAAUUUGAAGACCAAUUUCUUGAAAUGCAAAAAGAGAUCAAGGCCCUUAGAGGAAAAGAUCUAUUUGGAAAGGAAGUGAAUGAUUUAUGCUUGGUUCUGAAUGUCAGAGUUCCGCCUAAGUUCAGACUCCCAGAAUUUGAGAAAUACAAAGGGAAUUCCUGUCCUCACAGUCAUCUGAUCAUUACUCACAUCCGUACUUUCCACGACUUGGGUGAAGCUUUUAUCAGACAAUACAAGUAUAAUAUUGAUAUGGCACCAGACAGAGAUCAACUCCGCGCUAUGUCCCAAAAAGAAAAAGAUUCCUUCAAAGAGUACGUGCAAAGAUGGCGUAAACUAGCUGCUCAAAUCAUUCCUCCCAUGGAAGAGAAAGAAAUGACCAAGGUGUUCCUUAAAACACUAAGCACAUUUUAUUACGUGAAGAUGGUAGCAAGCGCUCCCAAUGACUCUACUGAAAUAGUAAACAUGGGGAUGCGGCUUGAAGAAGGUAUCCGAGAAGGUGGCCUAAUCAAAGAAGCCGGUUCAUCACUAGCUAGUGGUGGCGUCAAAAGAUUUGGUGGUAACUUUGCCAAAAAGAAAGAAGAAACUGUCGAUGCCAUUUCAAGAGGAAGAAAAAGACGAUAUCAACCACAACAAAUUGCUGUUGUGACUCCAGUUGUUAGCCAAGCUCCACCUCAGAAUGUGCAGAAGCCUCAGCCUCAACAGCCUCGACAACAGGCUCCUCAACAAAAUCAGAAAAGGAAGUAUCCGCCUUUUGAUCCUAUUCUGAUGACUUAUACGAAAUUACUUCCUUUUCUUCUUCAAAAGAACCUAGUUCAACUGAGGGAUCCUCCUCCUCCUCCUGCUAAUCCACCAUUUUGGUACAAGGUGGACGCCCGCUGUGCUUUUCACAAGAAUGCUUCAGGUCAUACUGUGGAAAAUUGUUACCCUCUCAUGAGUGAAGUACACAAACUGGUCCGAAACAACAUGCUCACCUUCAAGGAUGUUAAUCCCAAUGUUCAAAAUAAUCCACUACCUAACCAUGGGACUGUCAAUGCAAUACAUACUCAAUUUGGUUACGAAUACUUACAUGAUGUUCGUGAAUCAACUCGAUCUUUGGUACAAAUGCACAUUGUAUUCUGUGGACUUAACUAUUUUCCUCCUCAUAAUUAUAGUGUUUGUUCAGUUUGUUUAGACUCCAUUCAAGGGUGUGAAACUGUGAUCAAUGAUCUUCAGAAGCUGUUGGAUAGAGGAGUCAUCAGUAUAUCAAGAAGGAAAAGAAGUGAAGAUUCUCAUUCUGUUAAUAUGGUGCAUGGAUGCCCUGGGAGGUACCAAGUAUGGGAUAUUCGUUUCAUCAGAGAACCAUUGGUCCUAAUGCACAUAAGACUAUGUUGGUUGGCUUUCUUUCAACAUGAUCAUAAUGCCUGUAAAAUAUGUUCUGUGAAUCCUCGAGGCUGUCGUCAAGUCAAGAGAGAAAUUCAGAAGAUGUUGGAUGAAAGGACUCUCCACAUUACUUAUGAAAGAGAUGAUGACAUUAAUAUGGUAACUGCUGAGUUCCCGGUCCCCGAAAUUGUGGAGAUAUCUUAUGAUAGUCAAAACAUGACUGUUGUUUCUCUCAUAAUUCAAAUGCCAAAGCCAUUUCCUUACAACUCAAGUACUACUGUUCCUUGGAGAUAUGGUACUACCAUCAUAACAGGGGAAGAAGAAGUUAAUCCUGAACCUGAGUCAACUGUUGUGAACAUUGCUGAUGUAAGCCAUAUGACUCGAAGCGGUCGUUUAUUUGCACCAAUUCCUCCUAAGCCAAUUAGUUUGUCUGUACAAGUUCCUCCUCCGAAGGACGUGCCUAGGGAAGGACCUGUUAUCCCUAAACCCGUCUUUGAAACUAAAGAUGAUGAUGCAGAAGAAUUUCUGAACCUAAUCAAGAAGAGCGACUACAAGGUGGUUGACCAACUCCUUCAGACACAAUCAAAGAUAUCCCUGUUGGCCUUAUUGGUACACUUAAAAGCUCACCGGAAUGCACUAAUGAAUGUUCUGAAGCAAGCUUACAUUGAGCAAGAUGCCACCCUUGAGCAGUUUGAUAAUGUUGUUUCCAACAUCACCGUCAACAAUGUGUUGAGCUUUAGUAGAGAAGAACUUCCCCCGGAAGGACUGGAGCACAAUCAUGCCCGCACCGUGAUUGGAGAAGUUGAUCUUCCUAUCCGCAUCGGACCUCAAGAUUUUGAAAUCACUUUUCAGAUAAUGGAUAUCUACCCCGCUUACAGCUAUUUGUUGAGAAGACCCUGGAUCCAUAGUGCUGGAGCUGUUACAUCCACUCUCCACCAGAUGCUGAAGUUUGCUAUAAAAGAUAAGUUGAUUACUGUUUAUGGAGAACAAACUAUGUUCAAAGAUGCCCAACGAGUGGUAGCCCAAGGAUCUUAUGAAGGCUGGGGGCAAGUUAUUGAACUUCCUACCAACAAGAACAAAAGUGGUCUAGGAUUCACAUCCCAGAAGUUAAAAGGAAAAGAAUCUGAGUAUGGAAGCUGUAGCAAGACUCUGCACGAGACUUUUCAAAGUGUUGGCUACAUUAACCCAGAUCAACAAAACAUAGCUGCUAUCAUUGAAGAUGUUCCAGAAUGUUCAAGCUUCGUGACGCGUAGAAAGGACAACUCCAACUGGACUUCCGUCAACAUCUCUUCUGUUGUUCACGAGUCUAAAUUAUCUCUUGAUAAACCCGCUGAAAACAAUGAUCCUAGGCCCUCUCCCAAAUUUGAAUACCAUGUGUAUGAAGCUGAAGAAGAGAGUAAUGAAGAGAUCCCUAAAGAGAUCACCCGUCUACUUGAGCACGAGGAAAAGAUUAUUGAGCUGCACAAAGAGCCUUUGGAAGUAAUCAAUUUAGGUACUGAAAAAGAGAAAAGAGAAGUGCGAAUUGGGGCAUUGUUAGAAACAAGCGUCAAAUAG